UUAAAACGUUGUCAGAAAUGAGCGUUAAUGUAUAUUGUCAGAUACGCGGUAUACAUUCGCGUGAUCUUUAAUGUUACUCCGUGUAUUGCGUAUCAUUUCUCGCGCUGUAUUUUCUACAUAUCGUGAACGUGUGUAUGCACCACCGUGUUGUCGUUGUUUCUUAUAUGGGAAUCACAUUUAUUACCGAUCACGUAUACACAUAUUUUCACUCGUAUUACGUGCGUGUGUAUAGACAUGUUUGUGCAGUGUAAUGUGCAUGUGUACUAAAAGUCGCUUGCAAUCCAGUCGAGAACGGAAUCAAGGGAGCGCCUUUCUGUGUGCUCAUCGUGAACGGAAAACCAUACGAGUAUUAUUGUGAUCGCUCACGUAUGAUGCGAGUUUCUAGAAGAUUUGCGUGUAUUUUGUGCGUGACAAUAUAUGUUUUCUCUGACAAGUAAAUUGUGGUUUUAUUAGUAUACUACGUCACAUCGGUUUCUAUGUGUGUCUAUCUGUUACCGCAAACUGCGUAUUGCAUGUUUGAUGGAAUCAUUGACCUCGCGAGCAGUUGACCGAGUUUUAUGUUCGUGGAUUAAGAAAAACAAUUAUAGUUUUGUUUAAACUGAAAAUUUCUUUUUUGGAAAACUUAAAAUUUUAUGUUUUAUUUUGGAAUAGUUGUCUGUUUGAAUUCCAUUUGAAUUCCAUUUAAAUCAUUAUAAUAACAUUCGUUGUAUAUAUUUGAAAUAUCGCAACAUCUAGAUCCAUUCUUUCAGCCAUUUGGUAUAUGGCUCUCGGUAAGAUCUACGCGUUCAAGGUCGCUGCACAAAACAAGUAGCCGGCACGUAAAGUGGUCGCAUGCACAUGCACGCUGUACACGAUACGCGAUACUCGUUUCCUGACCAAAAAUAAUAGUUCGUCGAGCGCGCACAAGUCGAACCGGCCGCUGAUCGAGGUCAGGUUCUUUUGCAUUCGUUUAUUCGUUCAUUCGCUUGUUCAGUUGCUCGCGUCUGCGAUAAAUUACCAGCGACACGCGUAAUCUCGACCCUUUCGACUCGCCUAGUGACUGUACUAUAGUGUUCUUUCCAAUUGUACCGUUCGCGCUUACUUGCUCUCUUGCGCGCGCUGUUUUCUGUCUUUGUCGUGUAUGUAUUCGUGAAAUACGCUUUCGGUUCGCUCGCACGCGACUCCGUGUAUGGAAGUGUGGAGCAGCGUGAAUGUUGUGAAACGAAGGUGAAGAAAGAAGAGAACCGACGAAGAUAGAUAGAGAAAGAAAAGAAAGGGACAAUAACGUUACAGGAAUAAAGUGAAACAAUAUUGAGCGGGAAAAGCAAACAUAUAAAAAAGGGGAAAAAGCAAACUGGCGUGUGAGUAGAAGGGCAAGUGGAACUUGGAGUAAGAUAAAGACAGACGCGAACGAGGUAGAUUGAAAAUCGGUGAAACACGGCUACGAAAGAAAAUUAAUACUACGAAACAGUUGACGGGAUAUAUCUAGUAGAAAAAAAAAAGACAGUUCUUGAUGCGUAACGCGGUUGGAGGAAAGGCCUGGCCAUCGAUUUGCCGUCCGUGAAUCUAGUGCGCGUUUGAAAUCGGGCUAGUCUCGCGCGCGCGUGUGUGUUACGUGCACCUAAGCGAACGCAGCCAGCGAGGCGCGCGGACGGACGAGAAAAGGAGGAAGAGGUGGCGGUGGUGGAAGAGGGGGCGGAGAAGGAGAGGCGGUUGAACAGGCGGGCGGAGAGAAAAGUUCGAGAAGCGGCAACACCAGUGCCAGCCAACAUCAACAACAUCAACAACAACAACAAUACAGAUCGCUGCGGUGUAUACAGGGCUGCUGCUCGUGGUGUGCGUUUUGAACGUUUAUCGCGUUGUGUGUCGCCGCGCGCGGCGGUGAUCAUCGGUGUGUGUGCCGGGAAUUGCAGAGAAAGAGGUAGUGAACCGAAGCCGCCAGAAUUACGCCAAACCGGGGAAAUAUGAGCAUUGCUGCCCUACUACAGGCCGCCGAGUAUAUUGAACGAAGGGAAAGAGAAGCUGAACAUGGCUACGCUUCGACGAUGCCGAUGCCCGAUGAUAUGCGGACGGUCACAAAAAGGCCAAAGACGAAAAAAUCCCAGGGCAGCAGGACAACUCAUAACGAGCUGGAGAAAAAUAGGAGAGCUCACCUCAGAAAUUGCCUUGAAAAGUUGAAGGUGUUGGUUCCGUUAGGUCCGGAAACCUCAAGACAUACCACGUUGGGCCUCUUGACUAAGGCCAAGCGUUUUAUCAAGAGCCUGGAGGAGCGCGAGCGCAAGCACGCCGUGCACAAGGAACAGCUGUCCCGCGAACAGAGGUUCCUGAGACGACGGCUGGAGCAGCUGACGAACCAGACGGGCCUGCACGGGUUACACGGCCUCCACGGCCUCCACGGGCUGAGCUCGAGCGCCCCGACCGGUUCCUCUUGCGGCCCCGGAGCCGCCGCGGCUGCAGCUCUCCUCUCAAAACGGCGCAGCGUUUCCGAGUGCUCGCUUGGCACGGCCUCGUCAACCAGCUCCACGGCCAGCUCCAGGAACUCCGACAGGUCUGCGGGCAGUCCCUCCGUCUCGGAGUCCGCUUUCUAUGAAGUAGAUGUUAUCGGUUAUACGAGCAAUCAAUCGGACACCGAUGAUCACAGCAGCGUGCAAAGCAGCAGCGACAGUGGCGUUACAAUGUCCACCUCCAGGCUGACCCUUUCCGAAAUGAUGGACAAUCUUUAGACAAAGAGGUGGCGCGGUGGCGGCGGAAGAACGUGGAGGGGAAGCAUUUGAAGGCGAGGAAGAGGAAGCGGCGGAGAAAGAUUGUGCGAGGGAUGCUGGACGAGAGGGGCACACGAGGGGCGAAGAAGAGGCAGGGGAGAAGAGAGGAGAGCAAUCUGAGCGUACGAGGUAUCCAGCUCGCGUACACGCACAUCUACGCACCACUCCUUUGGUCCACCUCGCGAAAGGUCGCGGGACGCGCGCCGCGACACUCUUCGCCAAGGAUGGGAUGUUGAAGAGGCGACAGCAUCAGCGUGUACGCGUGUAUAUCCGUGAUUAACUUGGAUGGUGUUUGAAGAAGAAGGGGAUGAAACGGAAGAAAUAGCGAGAAGAACGACUUCGAACAACCGACCGAAGGUAGCAACGAAGAUAUGAAAGAAACGGAAGAAGAGGAAGCAUGACGAAUAGUGUGAAAUCUUAGCGCAAAUCUAUCGACGUCAAACUGACUAUCGCGAAAUAGGGUGGGAAGAUUGACUUUGAACGAAACCACCUUUGUAACACGUAAUAGAAGAGAAAAAGCGUUCCUCGUGAAGACGAGAAUUGUGAGGAGGGAGCGCGGGGAACGAGCUGCAAGCAUCGUGUGUAAAUUGUCAAUCGAAUAUUGUACAUAUUUUUAAGGGAGACUAAAUUUAUCGAGUGGGAGAAACGGGAGAUUGAAGGGAUAAAUGGAGGGAGUGAGAAGCGAAUUCCCAGCGUUUCUUCCUCGAUGGAAAAUGGAGUAUCGUGGAGUAUCGGUCGGUUCGUGUGGACGCGUCGAUUUUUCCGAAAGAGAUCGCCCUAAUCGAGAAGUCACGAUUGGAGGAAAGACGAUCGAUCGAACCACUCAGGAUCUGAUGGAGGCUCAUCUUUCUCAUGCCUCUAAUCGAUUGGCUCUGGAUCGAAAUUCGCGGAGAAUCCUUAAGAACAAAGCUUGCGCUGAUGCAAGAACGUAACAGCCUCGUUGCCACUUCCACCACCAUACCCGAGACCUUUUGUCGAUUCUUCUUUUUCACAACGAUGAUCGACCCUCGUUUUGUGUCUUUCUCGUCUCGAUUCGACGCGAGGUUCCCGUUGUUACGGGAAUGAGGGCGCGUUCGAAUAACGGGAGAUAAGCGUAAACUGCAUGAAACCAUGAGGAUAGAAAGAGAAAGAAAGAAUAUUCGCCGCCUCUAUUUUUUCGAGGAUGUAUUAUUUUGUCGCCGCCGAUGUCCGCUUCGAUGAUCGCGGGCAGUCGUCGAUUUGAUUUCUCGAGGUUAUUGUGUUUCGUUUUCGACGAUGACACAAGGAAUGAAGGUGUCCGCUUCUUUGUUUCAAGCGUCGUGAAAUAAUUCAUAGACAACUUUGCUCUUUUCGAGUGAGAAAAAGAGAGGAAGAAGUUUGUUAAGAAUGAAUACGCGUAGGAGAGCAAUGUUUUCACGAUUGUUUCACGACGAUUCUUCAUCGACUAUUCCUUCGAUGAUCUAUCGAGGGGAUCGUUAUUGCGAACGCCUUCGGUGCAUACCUCUGAGGAAGAAGAAUCUUCAUUUCCGCCACGUUGUACAGGCUCCGUGAUCGCGAAUACGAGGAAAAAAAAAAAAAAAAAAAGAAAAAAAACAGAAAUAAAAACGGAGAAGAAAUAAAUUGAGAAGUAGAAAGUUCGUUUAUGAAAGAAAGAAAGAAAGAAAGGAGGAUGUUUAUAAAUUGCAAAAGCGAAAAAGAAAGGUGGAAGAACAGCGACUGGAAAAUAAAGGAUGAAAUGGUGUGAGAAGAUAUCAACGGGAUUAUUAUCGUUAAUUCCAUCUUUUGACACAGAUACAAGCGUAUAUACUCACAAAAGAGUAAGAGGAAGGGAUGGGGAAAUACAUAGAGAGGGAGAAGAAAACUAUAUAGAAGGAAAGGGAACCGGAAACGAAAUAGAAAAAAAGCGUACACACUUCUAAAGUAAGGACAUGCAUAUGUAUUACAUACAUACACAGACAUAUACAGACACGCACACACACGCACACACACACACAUAUACAUGCAUACAUACAUACAUACACGUGAGCACAUAUACACGCGCAUAUACAGAGAAUUCUCACGAAUAAAAAAGUAAAAAAAAAAAAAGGAAUUAAAAAUAAACCAAAAAAAAAAACAAAAAAAAAACAAAAAAAUGGAGUAAAAAACAAAGAAACACGUAUACGUGAAGUCGUAACGUAAAAAUUCUUGUAUUAAUUAAGGGGGAAAAAAAAAAGUAAGUCGCCUUGAUGCUGGAGGCGGUUCGUGUAAUCUUUAUUACGUGAUAAGUAAACGUUCAAACAUCGUUGAACAACAACAACACACGCAUUCAAAGAGUACAAAUUCCUGUAAGUCCCUCGUUGGUUGUUCGAGGCUUGAACCGGCACCACCUGUUGUUGUUGCGCGAUCACGAUAUUUCCAUUGAGAAAACCAGGAGAAUCGGCGUUUCUUAGGGGGUCAGGGAAGACGGUAAAGAAAUAGAGCGAAGGCAAAGGACGAAAAAUGAAAAUAAGGAAAAUAAGUUGUCAGGUAUUGGGAGAAGGGAACAAUGUUUCUAGCGUGCGCGAAAAAUGAUGGAAAAAGUGAAAGCUAAUUAGAAAGAACAUUGUAGUGAAGAAAAAGUUUGGAAGAAAAUAAGCUCGUACAAGGGUCCAAAGAGAUCCGGAAUAAGGGAUCGAUCGAUAGUGGCGAUUAUCGCAUAACGAAGAUCGCUUCGAACGAGAGACUAUCUCGAAGUUUUCACUUUGCGGCUCGAGUGAAACUUCGUUGGUGAGAGAUAAAAGGAGGGUACGUCGAAUCUAAAAUAUGAUUAGGCCAAUGGACGUGUCUUAUUUGGCGCAAUGGCAAAAUUCUAAAUCUGAGAAACUGUUUUUCAAUGAUCUAGCGAAAAAACUGGAUUGUUAAUUGUUCGGUUUCGAAAUUGGAAAAGAAUUCGUAAAUGGAAAAGAAUUUUUUGAGUCUCUUUUCGAUAGAUCCUAGAUCUCGUGACAGAAAUCGAUGCACAGAGAUUGAUCCCUUAAUUCGGAUUGAAACAGUGAGGCAGCGAGUUGUUCGAGAGUCGAGUUUUCUGGCUAGGUUUACGCAGACCAGAUAGACUGAUUACCAAACGUAACGAGUGAUCUCUGAUUUAAAAACAAACGAAGAAUAAAAAGAAAAAAAAAUGAAAAAAAUAACGAAAAAAAGCAAAACGCAAAACGGUUUUAAAAACGGCGUUAGUUUGUAAGAAAAUAAAAACGAGGAAAAAAAAAAUAAUAAUAUGCGGUAAUAACCUUUCACGGGAUAGGAUCUCGGGACAGGGUAAGACGAACCGAAUCUGGAGAACGCGUUCCAAGGUUUCACGGGGUGAUUGCGAUUGGAUUUCACCUGCGAAACGAACAAUUGGAUGAUACUUCGAUGAAAGUGAUGUAGCUCUAAGAGAACGAAAUUUGAGAACUGGAAGAUGAAGAUUCGUGCCGAUUAAAUGUCGAUGUUGAUAGAUCAAAUGACAGUCAAUAUGACGGAUAGAAUGGUGUCUUCGAGGAGCUAUCCUAUGAUAUAAAGCAACGAAUGAUUUAGAAAUAGAAGAAAAAAGGACGAAGUCUCGAAUCCCAUCAGGAAAGCGACCAAGCCAAAUGAAAUAUUUUCAAGGCAAGCCGCGACUUUUUAAUAUUAAAUGAUACUCCCGUAUAGUCGUUGUUGUAUCAACAAUCGACCUUAUUCUAUAGCUGAGACGCAAUCAUAUUGGUUGUUGCAGAAGAUUUAUCCGCGGCCACGCGCUCGCGUGCGCGUGUAUACACAUCAAAUAUAAAACGGUGGGACUCGAGAUCGUUCGAGUGAUUGAAGAAAAAUUCUGGUAAUCGACGAUUCAAGAUGAAUCUGGAAAGUUCUUCGAAGAUGUCUUUUUUUUUUUUGAAGUAAAUUCCUUUUCGUUGGCAUUUUAUAAUGUUUUAUAGUGAAAAAUAAAGCUUCUCAUUUAAUAUAUAGGUAUAUCUUUUGAAAUUUUCAAAUUUUAUAGACAUAUUUUAAUCUCGAACAUUGCUUUGCUUUAUCGAUGAUCGUACACGCGCGAAUCACGAUAUCGUUGAAGCAAUCAAACACGAAAAGACAUAUCUAAUUGAUGGUUUGUAAUUUUUGUAAUUUUAAUUUUAAUUUCAUUCUAAUAGAUAUCGUAAUAUAUUGGCUGUUGUUUGUAUAGAUUGUAAAAAUUUUUAAAAAAUCAGAAAUGAAGAGAAGUGAAAGGAAACUGGAACUAAACGCCGUUAAUUUUCGACAGAGAACGAUUAGAUUACUUCCUAGAUCGCUAGGAAAAAUGAAUGUACUAAGAGAAGAAGAAAAAAGAGAAGAAUAAAGGUUUGAAAGGGAUAGAACGAGGGAACCACCAAGAACCACCACAAAGAGAAACAUAAAAAAUAAAAAAAAUAUAUAUAUAUAUAAAGAAAAGAAAAAAAAAAUUAAAAUAAGAUAAAUUCCACAAAACGUCUACAUAAAGUAACGUUAACCCUCUCACCGAUCUUUUCCAAAUCGGAUCUCUUUUUUGAGAGUGAAUAAUAAAUAAAACAAACGUAAUUAACAUUAUACAAGUAAGAAGUGAUUAUUUUUAUUAAGUGAUUAACGAUGAAUGUCUUUUGAACGUGUAGAUCGUCGAUGAACGUGAACCUUCGUGAAAUUUAUAAUUCCUUUUUUCCUUUUUUUUUUUUAUUUUCAUUUUUUCCUUUUUCCAUUCUCUUUUUCGACUCUUUUCCCAUUUUCUUUCUCGCAAACGUAUUGCAUAUUUUCACGAAUUUUUGUUUUUGUUUCGCCAUCUCCAUCCAGUUGUUGUACGUUUCGCGUGUCGUAAAAUAUCUUUUACGAAAAAAAAACCACACACCACACAAGAAAAAAUGAAAAAAAGAAAAAAAAAUAAUUAAUAAAGAAAAAAACGAUGAAUCUUAUCGUUUUUUUGGGUUCGUAGUACCUUGUAGCGAGAUAAAGAUGUAUGUAUUCUAUAUAUUAAACAGGGACAUACUCGCCCGAUGUAUUACGAUUUAAUUUUCAAUAUCGAUAAAAAUCAGGGAAAAAAAAAAAAUAAAAAAAAAAAAAAAAGAAACGUUAAUCGAUACAAAUAAUUUUUUGAUAAUUAAACGUGGCGCUCGCGUGAUCUUUCAAUCAUCCAUUUUUUAAUAUUAUAUUUUUCGCUAUGUUAAUUCUUUAUUUGACGAUUCAUAAAAAUUUAAAUUUACUCCCUUUAUCCAAUCGUUUCGAAACGUUGAACGCCUCGCUAUCAAAUUAAAUGAAAAAUGAAAAAUUCGAUUGACCAACGAUCACCAGAUUACAUUUCAGAGAUAUAUCGGGCCAGUCUGUUCCCACGAAAAUGUGAUAUUAAAAUUAACACAAGAAAGGGGAAAGUAUGGGAAGCAGAGAAAUGGGGGAGGAUAAACGAACAUAUAUAGAAAAAAAAGAAAUAGGAAUUGUGGAGGAGAUUGAAGAUUUUAUAGUUAGGGAUUGGAACGUAGAGGCAGGGGGUUGUAAGGAGAAAAAUCGAUGCAUGAAUGCAUAUAGAAAAAAAACAAGCAUGUAUACGUGGAAAAAGGAUGGAAAGAAAUAUAGGUGGUCGGAGUUAUGGGGGUAUACCGUAUAUAGCGUAAUUAUGGAUGGUUUAUCGCGAUGACGGUUUGGGCACAGAUCACAACAGCAGCAAUAUGAAUUGAUGCAGUAUUGAGCUGACAAAACGAAUGACAAAAAUAAUGAAAAAGAAAAAAAAAAGAAGAAUAAUAAAACUUGUUACUCCAGCCGCUAGAAAUAUAUGUAAGAUGUAUCAUUCAAACGACGGUAUACAAAAAAAAAAAAGCUGCGAUUCCAUUCUGAGCUCAAGAGUGUCGCGAAUUUUAUUCGAUCAUACGCCUCGGCCAUUGUUUGAAUUUCUCGCCAAAUUUUGUGAAAUUAAAAAUCGUUCGUAGAAAAAAAAUGAUAAUCACAUUUUACAAUGUUUUAAAGUGAACGAAAGUGAACGAAUGAUCGAACGAGUUAUCGCCGAGGAAUAUACAUAUGAUCUUUUUCCCUCCUCUUACCCAUCCUCUCCCUCUCCCCUAAAAAAUAAAAAAAAAAAGCGAAUUGAUCGCGAAACGCUUGAGCUCAUUGUAAGUGUCACGCGGCUCUCAAUCUAACGUUUAAGGAAUCUUUAAGUAAUACUUGAUCGAAUAAACUAAAAAUAAAAAUAAAAAAAAGAUGAUAAGGAUGAAAAAAUACAAAUAUGAAAUAAUAAUGAAAAAAAUGGGUGUUAUUUUUAGAUGUCUAUUAGAUUAUCAGAACCAGAAAAACUAAAGGAUAAAAAAAUGCUUAAACAUAAAAAAGGAAUAAAAAAAAAAAAGUGAAGAAAAACCUACUAUUAAUACUACUACUACUACUACUAUUACUACUACUACUGCUGCUACUACUUCUACUACUAUUACUACCGUACUUGUAAUAAGGAUUUAAAGAACAUAGGAACUUAGUUGAUGCGAUUUCACAAAUGAUGCAACUUUUUGAGAAGAGAGUCCCUCUUUUUACGAAUACCUGUGCAGGACGGUUAUCGACCCGUCCAGAAUCUCGUGGUUGUAUAUGCUUUCGAUACAUUCUUUUUGACCAAUGUGCACAAAAGAAAAUAGAAAUAAAAUAAAAGAAAAAUAGAAGAAAUACGAAAAAAUUAUUAAAAAAAAAGAAAAAAAAAAGAGAAAUGAAAAAAGGGAACACGAAACAAAUUUUCAUAAAAAGUAUCAUCGAGUGUGUUAUAGUUAAUCCUUUGUACUUUGUAAGCUGGACGUAUCACACAGUCCUGUGCAGGUGCAACUAAAAUAAUCGUGGGCGUGAAAGGGACGAAGACGACGAAGGGCGACGAACGUUUUUUCUUUCUUUUUUUUUUUUUUUUUCUCCCUCCCAAAGAAAGCAUUGUAUCGUUGUCGUCUCCCUCCGUCGCGCUCAGGGACACCUUUUUCCUCGAGACAUUUUGCCGCUUUCAUUGUUUAGAUGAUUACUAUUUAACGACAAAAAAAAAAGUAAAAAAUGAGAAAAAUCUGAAGAAACGACGACUAGAUUGUCGCUGAAUGAAUAAUAAUACGAUAACAGGAAGAAGGAUAAACGAAAAAGGGUGAUCGAUACCUUUUUAAAAUAACCCAACAUGUCGCCUUAACAUAUGCGUUAUUGCGAGGUGGGCUUUUUUUUCAGAGAGAAAACAAAAUACCAAAAAAACCUAAAAGUAACGAAAGAAACAAAUAAUAAAAAACAACAAAAGACAUUUUGAAAAAGAAGAAAAAAAAGAUGAAUAAUAGAGAGAGAGAGAGAGAGAGAGAGAGAGAGAGAGAGAGCGUGAGUGUCAUCUCCUAUUGUUUUCGAUCAAAAAGAAUCAU